UUGUGAAAUUUAUUUUUGUUUUGUUACAGAAGUUUAUGAAUGUGAAUAAAGCGUGAGUGAAUAAUGACGAGUAAAAGAUUAAACCCCUGGUUUGAAGCUGGAGAAUGGGAUUAUGUGAAAGGAUUAGUGCUGACCAGGGAUAUUAAGGCUUUAGACUUUUUUCAGGUUUGGAGUAGUAGGUGUGUGAGAAUGCCAACUGGUGUGGAGACAACGAUAUCUUUGCUUCAGGCGAGCAGAGACAUGAACAAUGAACUGGGCUUGUCUAUGUCGAUUAACAGAUUUCUGAAUCACGUCUCACAUAUAGGAAUGAACACCUGGGGUGUAAGUAAGCUGCAUGAGGCGGCGGAGAAGCUGAAGGUUCCAGGUUGGAUUGUUGAUAUCAGACACGAAACAACACACGGACACAUGCCUAGUCACACAAUACUCAGAGCUGGAUUUGAGGUAUGUUGGAGUUGGAUCUGCACAAACUACUGGCAAAACAAGGCUGUAACUGAACCUCGACCUGGAGGCUGGAGAAGCCUCGAGGCCGAGCUAGCUGGGAUGCUGGAGUGCUUCAUGUAUCUUAAGGUUUAUCAUAUCUGGGGAACUGUGCAUGUCAAGGAUAUAGAGGAGACCCACGAGGACGUUUACUCCCAUAUACUGAGCCUUUGGUCAAACAUUCUCGGAUAUAAACUCAAGAACGUAGGAAACCUCAAUAAUAUUACCGUCAAGCAAGCACAAGGUGUAGUGAGAGCAGAGAUAUUGAACCUAGACAUAGAAACCGAGGUUCUGGCCCGGGUUCUAGUUAACGAAGAUCUUUUAGUACCUGAGCAAUCCUUCCUGGAGACCCUGCAGGGGGAGGAAGAGGAGGACAACGUCGAGAUCCCCCCAGACCUAGUUCUAGUCUGGAAGGAGUUUAUAGAGAAGAUAGAUGAGCGGAGAGGAGCUAGAAUUCUAAUAGAUAACCUGGUGGAGAGGAUAGGACGUGAGGAUGUGGAGGAGAGUAGUAAGGAGUUUGCUGCUGCCUGGGUGGUUGAGAUAUCCGAGGGACUCCUUGGACAUUCUAAAACCUUGAAAUUAAACAAAGUUCACGGAACAGAUAUCUCACAUCUUGAAUCCUGGAUAUCUGAACCUAGCAGAUUAGUCCAGAUGAUGCUUCCAUGUUUCUGCAACCUGGCCGGAGUCAGUAAGAAGAAGGAAGCACAGCUUGAUCUUCUACUCUCAGCAGCAUUAGGAGAAGAUAUAUCUCCCAACUCUAAAGAUGCAAAAGAAGUUUACACAAUCGAAGAUUUGGGUUUAUCAAUUCCUACAGAGAAUGCAAAUAAAGGUUGGAAACGUGAGAAUGGUUGGGGAGAUCAGUUAACGAAAACAUUUCGUAACCAAACUUGGAACUCUUUAUGGCUACCGGAGUCAACGGAAUGGUUGCCAAGCAAGCAGGAGCAGGAUGAAUCUGACUAUGAGGAGAUUCCAGAUUUUGAAUCUGAAAAGGUUGUUUGGCCGGGAGAAGAAGAAUUUACAGAACCUGGAACCCUGUCUGCGUUCUACAGGGUGCAGAAGAAACCUUCAUCUAGUCCUAGAAGAAAAAAGAUGAAAAAAUUAUGAUUUUUUUAGA